AUGGGAAGGCAACCCUGUUGCGACAAGUACGGGCUGAUGCGCGGUCCGUGGACAAUCGAGGAAGACCAUAAGCUCGUGAGCUUCAUCAUGAAUAAUGGCAUCCAUUGCUGGAAGACGGUUCCCAAACUCGCAGGUUUGCUGAGAUGUGGCAAAAGUUGCAGAUUGAGGUGGAUUAAUUACUUGAGGCCUGAUGUUAAGAGAGGCGGUUUCACUGAGGUGGAGGAAGAUCAAAUCAUUCAACUUCAUUCGCGUCUCGGAUUGGAACUUCCAUUUUGCGGUUGCAGAUGGUCCAAGAUUGCUUCACAUUUUCCGGGUCGCACCGACAAUGAGAUCAAGAACCAUUGGAACACCAGAAUCAAGAAGAAGCUGAAGCUCCUUGGGCUAGACCCAAUGACCCACCAGCCAAUUCAAGAAGAUCAAAACAAUGCACAAGAGAUCGCAAGCGAGACGGACAUGGACCUGAAUCCAAUUACAGAAGAAAGCUUGUACAGUGAUGAUAAACCCACAGCAUUAGAGGCUGAUCAAGACAAGCUGGAGGCUUUUCUAAUGGAGGAUGAGAUCGGACUAACGAUGUUCAAAGAAACUGCCGGCCUGCUGGAGAAUUUCGAGUUGUUGUGCGGAAGCUUAAGUGAAGAUCAGGAAGGGUCAAGGAGGAAUCACCAAGGAAUGAACACACCUGUUUCUCAGAGUUCAUCAGCUUCUGUGGAAGAUUAUCAUCCGCUUCAGCAACACCAGCAAAAUCAGCAGCAACAAUGGGUUGAUAGUGUGGAGUCUGUAAUGUCAUGGGAUGGGCUUGAUUACUUAGAACAAGAGCUUUUCUUCUUGGAAAAUGGAGAGUUUCUAUGAACAUACACAACACUUUGUUCUUUCUGUUAUGUGAACUUGGUAAUCACUCAAAUAAUUUUAUCAUGUCGUCGAAGAUAGAGGGCCACAUGA